GAUAAUAGUAGCACACGUGUCGAGAUGGGCGCAGACCAAAACCUCAUCACCGUGACAGCUGUCGCGGCGACCGUGAUUCCUCAAUUAAACCACCCGCUGUCACUUUAACCACCAACACACGCAUCUCCCCGCCCCCUCCACGUGCCCCCCCGCCCUUCCCGUUUUAAGUAAUUCCCCUCUUCUCAAAUAAUCCCUAACACAAACCAAAAUGGUAAGGCCUCAGCCCAGAAGACAGCGGAGCGACGGCCGCUACAAGGGCGUCAGGAUGCGCAAGUGGGGCAAGUGGGUGGCGGAGGUCCGCCAGCCCAACAGCCGCGAUCGGAUAUGGCUCGGCUCCUACGACACCGCCGAGGAGGCCGCCAGGGCCUACGACGCCGCCGUCUUCUGCCUGCGCGGCCCCUCCGCCGCCCUCAACUUCCCCCACGAUCCUCCCGAUAUUCUCGCCGCCGAUGAGCUAUCGCCCUCGCAGAUUCAGGUGGCCGCCUCCAAGCAUGCUCGGAGGUUGGCGGCGCAGCCCGUCGUGGAGAAUUUUUUCUUCGGUGAGGCGGCCGGUGCAUCGUCUUUCGGUGAGUUUCGUGUUGGGGAGGGUAUCCUGGCGGCGGAGGAGGGAGAGAGAGGCGGCGACGGGGCUGACGACGGCGGAAGUGUGUUUUUUGAUACGUCGCGGAUGUGGAAUUUCUAGCUUUGAUUUAUAGGGUAGAUUUUUGUGUAGAGUUUUGUUUUUUCUCAUUUUGGGAGAGGAAUUGUGACACGGGCUGCUUUGCUUCAAUGAAUCUAUGUUCAAACUUGAAA